AUGAAGCUGCGAGGCAAUGAAGCAAAAACUCCUAUUCAAAAGCCACUGUGCAAACUGUGCGAGUGUCCGACGUCGGACGGCCACGUCCUCGCGUCGCAGGUGGACAGGCUCAAGCUGAGGAAAUGGGCCAUGGAGGUCAUGAACCUGACGGAAGAAGACGAAAACUUGCCGGAAGUGGUCGAAGAAGACGCUUUGAUCUGCUAUUUUUGCAUCUGGCAUGCCGAGUUCGGGGAUGAGUCUGGAGACGAGGCUGUUGCUUGGUGGCCGAAAAAUCUUGAUUUGGAAGAAAACGCAAAGGUGCUUCGGGAGAAUUAUUCAGUUGGAGAAGUAGAACAGUGUUGGGUGCAGUUGAAAGAGGUUGAUCUCGCCAAAUAUGAAAAGAAAGUACCUAAGAAGAGAAAAUUCGACAUUGGCCUGGCAAAAUACGAUAAGGAAAUCCCUAAAAAGAGGAAAUUGGUCAGUGGAGUGUGUCUUUACUGCGGCAACAGAUACAACCGACUGAUGGUGCACGUCAAGCAGAUGCACAAAGAAGCCAUCAAAUGCGGAAUUCGGGGCUGCACGACUUACUUUCACACCGAGGAGGAAAAAGAGCAGCACAUGCAGCAGGAUUUACAUGAGAAACCUUACAAACCACGAGUAUGCAGCAAAAUUCACUGCGAAUAUUGUGAAAUCAGCAAAUUACAUUCCUCAAUAAAUAUGUGGAGGUAUCACAUGAAAAGCGUCCAUCCGGAAAUUCCGGUGCGGUGCUCGCGCUUUCGCUGCAGAAAGUACUUUAAAUCCAAAUCCGAAAUGAUUCUUCACGUCAACUCGAAGCACAAGCCAGGAAGAAGUCAAGAUGUGUACCAAUGCGAGCAGUGCGAUUAUUUCUCCACCAUGAAGGGUGAUUUGAAAAAACACAAAGAGGCGUUGCACAUGCCAAAAAUUUUGAAAUGCGACAGUUGCGACGACGCCAAAUUCGGUUCGAAACAGCUAUUGAAUGUGCACUUAAAACGAUAUCACAAUUUCCAGAAGUGCAAAUCUUGUGGCCGGGACGUGGCUCGCGGACUCAAGUCAAAUCACACGAAGACAUCGUUUUGCUACAGAUGCAAACGCAGUUUCGAGUGCUCGGGUUUGUAUCAACUGCACAGGGAGAACUGCAAAACAACCACCUUUAGUUGCGAAGAGUGUGGGAAAACGUUCUCCUUUAAAUACUUGUUGAAUCACCACAUAUUAACUGUUCACACCAAAACUAUGAUUUUUUGCUGCGCCCAUUGCGACCAUUUUACAAAUGAAAAGAGAUUCCUGAAGGAUCACAUUGAACGCAAACAUUUGCCAAAGACGGUUAGGUGUGAAUUUUGCGACAGAUUGUUUGCCUCGGAACCAAUACUCAAGCAUCACAUGUCCGAGGUGCACAGAUUCCUUCGCUGCGUCGAAUGUGAUCAGAAGAUAUGCCAUCGAAAAAUGAUUAAACACCAGACCGUCAAGACUUGCCGCCGCUGCGAGUGCAAGUUCGAGUGCCAAGGACUUCUUGACAGCCAUAUUAAGAUCUGUGUGCAAGAAAAUAAUAAUGAUUUCUAUUGUGACAUGUGUCCGAAAUUUUUUAGGAAAAAGACAGAUUUGUAUGGUCAUAUUCUCAGGAAUCACAUUGUAAAAUAAAUUUUACCGUUUAAUUAA